AUGCCGACUCUUGCUGUCUCGCCAGAAGCGGCGGCUCCUGGACCACAACGCAAGACGACCAAGAAAGGCGGUUAUACGCGACAACGACGAGGGUGCUUGACGUGUCGGCUGCGCAAGAAGAAAUGCGACCAGGGGUUACCGGUUUGCGGGCACUGCUCGCGACUUAACCUUGUUUGCAAGCAUGAAAAGCCGCGACAAUUGUCGAGUUCUUGGGGCGAGGAUGUCGUGGAAGAGACGAAUGCAUCAGCGGCAACUCCUGGUUGGGGAGGUAGUAACACUGCUUUUGCACAGGGAAACCAUGUUUCUGAGGUGUUGAGAUUGGCCAAAGUUUCUGAGCCGUUGGAUCUUGUGCGUCCCGAUGAUGCCGUUGGGCAGGAUUUGAGUGCCAGCCGGAGGGCAAUGAUGCGGUACUAUACGUCUACACUUGCUAUUAUGUUGUCGGCGACUGCAGAAAACAACUGCUUCUUGUCAGUCUUACUGCCAAUGGCAUUCGACUGUCCUACUCUGCUUGAUGCUAUGGCCGCCUGGUCAUCCGCCCAUCUUGCCCUUCGAGACUCCAGUUUUCACGACGCUUCACUCCAACAUCGCGGACGGGUACUUGCGAAUCUGAGCGCCGCCCUGCAAGACGGCAGCUUAUCUGGGGAAAUGUGCCUGGCCGUUGCCAUGUCCAUGUGCUCCAUGGAGACUAUAUCAGAAGCAACAAGCGGUUCCUGGGCUCACCACCUCUCCGGCGCAGCCGCCGCACUACAAUCUAAAAGUUCAGAUAUGCAGGUUGGACUCUUGCGAUCAUCGAGUUCUAUUUUGAGCCAAGACUGGCUGAAGACUGUGGAAGGGAAGUGGCUGGUGAGGAACUUUGCAUACCACGACAUCCUCAUGAGUGUGUCGCUGGACAGAAGGCCAUUCAUCACAGGCGAUUACUGGAUGUCCGCAGACGACGCCAUGGCAGAUCCAUACUUUGCAUUUGCGUCCAAAAUCAUGCUGUCAACAUCCGAGAUCAGCGUCCUGAACGCCGACUGCGCGGAUCACAAGGCAUCACUAAGCGGUGGCACAGCCUCAGAAGAAGGAACCUCCUCGCUCCUUUUCGAAGGUCUCCCCCUAGACUCUACCUACGACACACUUCUGCAAAGAGCCCAUGAUAUCGCGACCGACCUUCGAGAGUGGAAAUGUCCCGCCGCCUCCGCCGACACCCCCCUCGCCUUUCUGAGCGAAACAUACCGAAGCGCUGGCCUGAUAUACCUCGACCGCGUUGUGCGGAAAUACUUCCCCCAGCAUGCGGCUACUGUACUACCGGAGGGUAUUUGGGUUUACGUCGAGUCCGUAUGCGACGUGGCGCAGAAAGUUCCCGAAGGUUCUUUGGCAGAGUGCUCGUUGUUGUUUCCGCUGUUCAUUGCUGGUGGCGAGGCGGAGGAUGCUACACACGUUGAACGGAUUAGGAACAGGUUGUGUACUAUGAAUAAGUGGAGGAGGUUUCGGAACGUGGAUGCUUGUAGGGAGGUUCUGGAGGAUGUUUGGACACAGCGUGAGGAAUGGAGACGGGGGAUGAGGACAGAGAGGGUGGAUUGGAGGGAUGUUGUCCGCCGGAGAGGGUGGCAACUGGCUUUGUCGUAG